ACCGCGCUGCGCGCCAGAGCCCUGCCGGCGCCGCCCGAGCUGGUGGAGCAGUCGGUGAGCACGAUCCGGUUCCUGGCAGUGGACGCCGUGGAGAAGGCGCAGUCGGGCCACCCGGGCCUCCCCAUGGGGUGCGCGCCGCUGGGCCACGUCCUGUUCGAUGAGUUCCUCCGCUUCAACCCGAAGAACCCCGCCUGGUUCGACCGCGACCGCUUCGUCCUCUCCGCCGGCCACGGGUGCAUGCUCCAGUAUGCGCUGCUCCACCUCGCCGGGUACGACGGCGUCACGAUGGAUGACCUGAAAUCUUUUCGACAGUGGAGAAGCAGAACUCCUGGGCAUCCAGAGAAUUUCGAAACACCUGGAGUUGAAGUCACCACUGGUCCUCUGGGACAGGGUUUCGCAAAUGCUGUUGGACUAGCACUUGCUGAGAAACAUCUUGCCGCUCGUUUCAACAAGACUGAUCUGAAAAUCGUGGACCAUUACACGUAUGUAAUCCUUGGGGAUGGUUGCCAAAUGGAAGGUGUUUCAAAUGAAGCAGCCUCUCUUGCUGGUCAUUGGGGCCUUGGAAAAUUGAUUGCUUUCUAUGAUGAUAACCACAUAUCAAUUGACGGCAAUACAGAUAUUGCGUUCACUGAAGAUGUGCUUGCCCGUUAUGAGGCGCUAGGGUGGCAUACAAUCUGGGUGAAGAAUGGAAACAUGGGGUAUGAUGACAUUCGUGCUGCAAUCAAGGAAGCAAAGGGAGUUAAAGAUAAGCCAACUCUUAUCAAGGUGACAACCACAAUUGGUUUUGGAUCUCCAAACAAGGCAAACACAUAUAGCGUUCAUGGGAGUGCUUUAGGAUCCAAAGAAGUAGAGGAAACUAGAAGCAAUCUUCAAUGGCUUCAUGAGCCUUUCCAUGUUCCUGAUGAGGUGAAGAGGCACUGGAGUCAUCAUACUGAUGAAGGUGCUUCUCUUGAAGCUGAAUGGAAUGCAAAGUUUGCAGAAUAUGAAAAGAAAUAUCAUCAGGAGGCAGCUGAGUUAAAGAGCAUAAUGCCAGGGGAACUACCUUCAGGUUGGGACAGCGCUCUUCCAAACUAUACUCCUGAAAGCUCUCCUGAUGCUACUAGGAACUUAUCUCAGCAGUGCUUGAAUUCACUUGCGAAAGUAAUACCUGGAUUUCUUGGAGGUAGUGCUGAUCUUGCAACAUCGAAUAUGACAUUGCUUAAGAUGUUUGGUGGCUUCCAGAGGGAUACUCCUGAAGAGAGAAACAUUCGUUUCGGUGUGAGAGAGCACGGGAUGGGUGCCAUUUGUAAUGGCAUUGCAGUUCACAGCCCUGGCCUGAUACCAUAUUGUGCUACAUUCUUUGUGUUCACUGACUACAUGAGAGCUGCCAUCCGCCUUUCUGGUUUAAGUCAAUCUGGGGUGAUAUUCAUGAUGACUCAUGACUCCAUUGGCCUUGGAGAAGAUGGGCCAACCCAUCAGCCUGUUGAGCAGUUAUUCAGCUUCCGAGCAAUGCCUAACAUUUUAAUGCUUCGGCCUGCUGAUGGAAAUGAGACAUCUGUGGCUUACAAGUGAGGAAUGUUGAGUACUCUAUCCUGCCUGUGAUGAGUGAAUUGUCAACCGUGAGGUAUGAUCGUGCGCUUGGUCUUU